CAGGCCGUCAGAUCGAUCAGAACACAUCAGGUAGGUUCACCUUAAAAACAAACUUAGCUUUGAGUUUGAUUCAUUCUAAUUUGAUCUAAAAAGGAAAAUUAGAUAACCUGUAUAUCUAUUCUCUUUUGUUCUGGUUUACGAUGAAUAUGAAAGCGAUCUUCGCAGUAGUGAACACUACUGAGACAACAAGGCAACCGGGUGUUGGUAGAGCACUGUACCGGUAUCGCAGAGGUUAUGGGUUCAAAUCCCGUACAGGCCUGAAUUUUUUUCAGGUCUAAUUUUGAUUACUUUCGUUGUCGUAAGCAUUCGACUCAUCGAGUAUUUCUUUGUACAAUACAACCUCGAAUCAUUAUCUUUCCAUUAGUCAGAAUUUUGUAUAAAGCUUAACUUUAACUGUAUUCUAAAAAUCAGUGAAAUUGGAGGGGAUCGGACAAAAACUACUGCUCCAACAUUCCUGUGCUUAAAUAGACAUUGUGUCAAGUACUACACACCUUAAAAGAGCAACAUUGUGAUUCCAGCACAAAUCGGACACUCGUUACAAGUGAAAGAAAUAUCUUAAAAUUAAAAUUUACCAACUUUCUUAUUUUAGUUAGGAGCAAGGUGAUCCUUAAUUUUUCCUCCGAAAAUUCAGAUGCUGGAAUAUUCACAUAGAUUGUACUCUCGAAUAAACACAUUAUGUAGAACUAAUUUGGACUUCCACAGAUCUAAACGACCGUUGUCAUGGCUGCCAUAUUUGAGAAAACAGGCUUUCCUUCAAAGAUAGCGCUGUUGUCACAAUGAUUGUAACAACUCGUGGGUUAUUCAUUUGAACGCCUUUGUGACUGAAGAAACGUUUUUUUGCCGGAACUAUUUCGUCCAUUUCAUGUCCUAAACGAAACAAAACAUCUUAAACGAAGUGGAUAUCUAAGAGACGAGAUCCCUUUUCUUGCUUGGAAAAACGAAAAAAAAACAAAAACUAAUAAUUAGUUUCUUCGCGGGAGUAAAAUGAUUUUUUUGAGAUAAAACGUCGGUAGAAUAUUGACAAGUCGUUAUUUGACAACAAGCUCAGUCAAACAGCAAUUAGUAAUGUUGUUACUCUUACCACUGUCGUUAUAAUCAUUAUUUAUGGGAAAAGGAAGAAAUUGUUGUUGUUGUUUUUUUUUUCCAUAAUACGAGGCAGUUAUCAUGGCUUCCGUAAUCUUUUAUAUGACGCUGUUGUUGUGCGCUGUAGCCUUAAGUGAGGGGUGCUCAUGCGCAGUUCCUACGAUACCACCAACCGCAGGCUGCUGGAAAGGAGAUGCUUUUGAAUACUGGAACAUGCAACGGUUUUGCGAUGCAGACUUCGGUGAGAUAUUUUUUUCAAAAUUUUUAGUUCAAAUCUAUCUCAUUGAUUUGGUCGGCUUGGCAGUACUCUAUUUUACUUUUCACCGAGGAGGAGCUUGGUCCAAAAACCAUAAAAAGUUUUUUUGUAGGCAAUUAUGCUGAAACUUACUCAGUAGCCUAACUGCUUACAUUUUCAUUGUUCUCAAAUUUUCAUCACCACCUUAAUUUCAAGUUGUUUUAUAACAUAGCUAAUAAAUUUCGCGAGCGUGCUUCAUAUUCCUAUUGUGCACGCUCAUGACGUCAUUUUUUUCCAUCGGGUCGAAAAUCUUAAAAACAAUUUUCAUCGUCAGCUGCGCGUUCAUUUCAAGUUGUUUUCAAGAAGCUAGAGUUGCUCUCGGCCACGCCACGAGCAACUCUUACGCAUCUUUCGUGCUCUCCAAACUUCCCGCUUGCUUCAUAUCUCGAUGAACGCACGCUGAUGUAUGAACCAAUUGUUAAUUCGAAGUCUUCGUUGACUUUGUCAAGCCAUGUAUUUACUAUUAAUUUCCUUAAAACAGCUAUCAGAGCCAAGGUUUUGAGAAUUUUCCAUCCAGAGAUUUAUGAUGGUGAGGACCCUUGGUCAGUUGGCCCCGCAAGCUACUCAGUUAAAGUUUUGAAAACCUUCAAAGGAUCAUUGCACGAAAAGGAAAUAACUCGGUUAGAAACUCCAGCCAAUGAAGGACUCUGUGGUGUUCACCUUAACGUUAACGGCGAGUACCUCCUCACCGGUAGAAAAAGCUUUGGGCCGUUGGAAAUCAUGCUGUGUGAUUGGUUCGAGCCUUGGAGUAAAAAAACGUUCAAACAAAUCCGCAAGUUCAGUAAGAAAUGUUAA